GAAGAAGAAGGCGACACUGACACAGCUCACCAGUCAUCUUCUUCACCAUUUCAAAUGUUAGGGUUCAAACAAUCAUGAUUCCCUUAUCUCUCAAUCCAAUCCAAUUCUCUUCCUCUCUCAAACCUCCCAUCUUCAGACCAAAUCCCUCCUUAUUCAAAUCCUCGCCGGAUCGGAAACUCGGACCGUACGAGGUAAGCUCCGACUUCUCCAACUUCGAUUUCCGGUUGUUGCGGAGGAAAAUCGGAGUCGGUAUUUGCCGAGCGGAGCUCUCCCACGACGCGCCGUUCAUCGCCGCCAUCGGCGCUUGUAUGCUCUCUUCGCUGGUUCUGCCGGUGGCCGGAGCUCCCGACGACGACGAGGAUGGUGAGGAUGCGGCUAUUGAUUCUACAGAUGCUAGGUGUGGGGUUAUGAGAAUCAUCAGCUUCAUUCCUUACUUCAAUUGGCUGCUGGGUUUUGCGUGGCUUGAUACUGGGAAGAGGCGCUAUGCAGUGUAUUCUCUAGUUUACUUGCUUCCUUACAUCAGGUACGCGAUGAUGAUGAUUUGCAAGAGAUGCGGGAGGAAGAUGAAAAAUUGA